GCUAGGGGCGGACCGCUUCGGUGAACCCAUCGGCGAGCGAGCACGAUGCCGCAAAGUCAAUCUCGGGUGUUUGAGGAUGGGGGGCAGGACGAGAAUCUGAAGGCGCAGAAGAAGUGCUGUUUGUACAAGUACAUCCGCGUGGGACAGAGUCUCGGCGAGAGAUUCCGCGGCAAUCGCAUGUUGAAGUGCAUUUUCUGCGGCCACGAGUUUCAGGGCAACGAGUUCGUGGCAGCGCGCCAUUUCCGCCAGGGCAAGGGAUGUCCGGAAGUGACAGACGAGGCACUUGUCGACAUCCACUAUAACAGGGGGGAGGGAGAGACGAGGGACGCGGGGGAGCAGAUCAAUGUGGACGACGACGACGAGGAGGUUGCACGGGCGGGGUCGUCAAGGAGGGAGCGAGGGAAGGGCGUUGUCAGCGAGCCGGGGGGGCAGCAUGGCCAGUACUUUGCGUCGGCGCACGUGUCGGUUCGUGCACGGGCAGGUGCGGAUACGCCUGAGGCAAGUGCGUCUGCGGGGAAGAGGAAGGAGAGAGAGGAGGGGGACAGACCGACGGCAGCAGCCGCAACACAGAAGAGGAUGAGACAGAACACGAUCACGGAGUCGUUCACUUCAAAGUGGCAGAUGAAGUUCAAGAAGAAGUGGCUACGGUUUGUGUACAGUCAGCGCCUGGCGUUCAACGUCUUCCGAAGCGAGCCAUGGUUGGACGUCGUCCAACACUUCAGGGACUUGCCGGGGCCAGUGAAGGUGUUGUGGCCUUCAGAGAAUGAGAUCGCGGACAUAGAGACCAUUGUCCACACGGCGGACGAUGUGGGAGCUGAUCUCGCGGAGGUCAGGGCUCCUUUCUAUGUCACGGGGGCCACCAUUAUGUCAGACGGAAGGAAGUCACGCGAUGCUAGACCCAUCGUUAACUUCCUUGCCGGCGGGUCGCGUGGGGUGAUGCUCGUCCGGACAAUGAACAGGGAGGGUGAGCGGGAUCGGGCGCCUGAUGUGUUGGCGCGGUGGAUGAAGGUGUUCGAUGACUUCCCCCCUAAGUGGGUGAACGCCAUCUGCACCGACUCCGCCUCGGCGUACGUCGCCGCGGCGAACAUGCUCCAGGGGCCCCAGCAGAGGCCGGAGCAUCGACGGAUCACGUGGCUCCCAUGCGCAGUGCAUGUCUACAACAAGACGUUGUCAGACAUUGGUUGUUUGGGCCCGUGGUCCAAGGACAUCAUCGUGAGGGGGAGAGCGGUAGCUCGAUGCGCUCACAUGCUGGAGCCGGCGCACGCCGCUGCUCACCUCCUCUGUCCCAGCCGGCGGGACUUGCGGUACUUCGAGGGCGUGGUCAGCGACUACGACGCGAGCUUGGUGAGGGAGGCGGAAACUUACAUCUUGUCGCAGACAGGGUUCAGUGUGGCGAGCCGCGACUACGAGACCGCAUGUGCACAGUUGCGCGACUUCCACACACGGAGGGGGACGAUUGCUUGGGGGGGGAGAGACAGAGACAGAGAUGCACAGAGGUGCAGGGGCGAUGCGAAGACGUACGAGUCCGGGUGUUGGUGGUCGAGGUAUGUGCAGUGCGCCCCGCAGUUGCAGGUUAUCGCUCUUUGUGUGAUGUACAUGUGGACGUGCUCCUCUCCUGCGGAGAGGAAUUGGGUCGUCCACGAGGGUGUACAGACGAAGAAGCGUAACCGGCUUGAGUUCGAGAAGGUCGCGAAGUUGGUUGAGAUCUCAGCCAACUCUGGGGGUCGUCAUGGGAGCCCUUUAGAGCGUCCGAGGCCCACGUCCACCGUUUUGCUUCCCGCUGAGCGGAAGACAGAUCCUGGGUCUGCACCUUCGAGGGGGGCAGAGUCGGGGAUUGGCCAUCAUCCUCUGGGUCGCUCUGGCACGACAUCAUCCACCGCUUUUCCCACUUCGACGGAGCAGCUUCAUCGACAGCCAGCCGUUGCAGAUCGAUUGCAGAGAUUGGUGAGGGGCCCGAGACAGCGAUUGGAGGACAGAUUGGAGGGUGGUCCUGUGCCGGUGCAGGGUGAUGACGGAGACAGACAGGGGUUGGUUGGUGGAGAUGGUGGUGCGCUGGCCGGAGGUGGAGGUGGUGUCGAGGCUGAUGCGGCGGUUGAGGGGAUACCGAUGGGCGGCGGAGGCGGUUUCAGUGAGUUUGGCGAUAUGGGUAUGCCCCUGGGAGAGAUUGUGGGUCUGGCCCUAGGAGAGAGCGAGUCCCGUGGGGACAUCAGUGUGGGUAUGCAGGACUUAUUGGGACAGAUCAGCUUCGCGGACCCGAGUAGUUUCUCCCCUGCCAUGCGCUCAGAGGUGAUGUUGGGGGCAGAGGGGGAUGAGGACCGGACACCCCCUGGAGAGACAUCUGCAGAGAGGCUGGAUAGGCUUGAUAGUCGUCGAGCGUGCCUCAUGGCACAGAGGGACCCCAGGACGCAGGAGCUCGCCCGUCUUGCGGCCGAGGACCGACAGAGGCAGCUGGGGACAUUUACGUCAGCGUCUGUUGACGCAGGGCCAGCUGCCCACACGGAUACUCCGGCAGAGGUUCACGACACGACGCAGCGGGAGGCAGCUUCGGCAGAGGUUUCGAGUACGGGAGUGGAUGUCCAGCAGAGGACGCACGAGAGCGGGUUGGCACCGACAGAGGAGCCACAUUCGGAGCCAGCGCAGCAUCCUGCCGUGGAGCGGAGGCCAGAGGAGACAUUGAAGGAGGUCACGGGCGUGCCUCUGCCUGCGGGUUCAGUGGAGGGUGCCGUGCAUAUGUCCCCGGGUCUGGAGGACAUACCGACGGGGCAGUCAGUGGGCGUUGAUGAUAUUCGCCCAUCGGCACAGGCGGAGGGGAUAGCGCCGACCACCGGGGGGGACGGGGCCGUAGCGGGGACCGUUGGUGCUGGCGGGUCGGGGGUGCCGUCCGCGGCCGAUCCGAUGUCCACGUCUGGUGGGGGAGACCCCGCACAGGUGGACAGGCGUGAUGCGGACGGACAGGAGAUGCCACAGACUUUGGUGGUUCGCACUGCUGUGGGGCCAGUGGUGCCACAUCAGGCACCGUUUUUGGAGGGUUUUAGGCGGGGCUUACCUUCUGGAGGUUCCGUCGCAGCGGCAUCGGGCGGGGUCGCAGGGGACUUACCUUCUGGAGGUUUGGUCGCAGCGCCAUCUGGAGGCGCCGCAGGCCCUACGUCACCCUUGAGCGCAGCUCCGAGGGAGGGCGGCAGCCUCACCCCGAGGUCAGUUGCUCGUAGACGGAGAGACACUACUCAGCGUGCGCGGGAGUUGUUGGACACCAUAUUGUUCGGUCGCACAGAUCGACCAUGGAGUGAGACGAGGCGGGUGACGACGGCGAGUGUCGGUCGUCAGCCAGGUUUGAUAGGGGUUUCCACGAGCGCGAGACGUCGAGAUGUUGUAGCUGCAGGGUUUGGCGGUAGAGGGGGUGGCGGCGGUGGCAGUGGUGGUGACGGUGACGACAGACGUGAGGGUGCAGGCGGUGCCACGACGAGCGUAGUGGAUCCGCCGCGGACGUACGGUUUGAGAGAGGCAUCAAUUAUUUUGGAGGAGCUUGAUGUUGUUACACGACUGAGGCAGACCCGACACAUGCCCUUAGAUCGACGCCAGGAGGGGGAGACUUCAGGGACUGACGGUCUGCCUAUGGCACGCGAGGCACGCCGACGUGAUGACCUAGCAGCAGCAGCCACCAGGACGGUGAGAGGCAGGAGAGUCAUUAUGGACGACGAUCCCGACGAGCUUCCCGUCACUCCCAAGCCUCCCGCUGGCGGACGCGGCGGCCAGCGUCAGAGAGAUCGAGAAGGCGGCAGAGGUCGAUCCCACGGAGGAGUUUCUCAUCGGUCCCAGCGAGAUCCGCGUGCGCACGACGAUCGUUGACGGAUUAUGGACUUGCAUUUUCGUGACUUUCUCAGUGUACUUUAGUUUGUUGUUAUCCAUGACAGACGUAAUGUCUCGUGAGG